GGAAUGGAAAAAGAUUGAGAAGACGAGAGCGAACCGGAAAUCGUAACCAGAGAACGCAAUGCAAUCGACUAUUUGAAAAAUCCGCGCACUGUUAUCGACAUUGGGGUAUAUAAUGGCUAGCCUCGCUGCAUUUCAGUUUAAUUAACAACCUCACUUAAAGCAUUUCAAAGCCAUCUCGCUUAACCAUUAUGUCAAAAUUUGUAAGCGAGAUUUGUGGUCUCAUCGAUUCUUAUGGCGGUCGCGAUGUCCUGAUGGAGGCGCUGUGCCAAAGUGCCAAGUUGGUGACAGGAUAUCAUGCGAAGAGAAAUUCAGCGCUGGCCCAAAAAUGUGACACCAUCAGCUCGAAAAUCUCGGGAGCCAGGUCCACUCUGCGCCUGAUCGACGACCUCCCCGUGGUACAGUACACCCUGGAGUACGGAUUGGGCGAGGGUGAACCCGAUCGUAUUACAGCCCUACUGGCGGUGAUGUCCAACGCGGUGGACGUGAUUUUCUAUCCCAUCGAAAUUAUCUGCUGGCUGGCCAAGAACAAAGUGCUGGAUUUGAGAAACAAAAAAACCUGGAGCUAUGUCAGCUUCAUCUUCAGUGUCCUCUCUGUGUACCUGAACCUCGUGAGGACAUUGCGCACUUUCUCGAAGAAUCGGGACAAGCUGAACCGCCAGGAUGUGGUGUCCUUCGCUCGCAUCUCCCUCGAUCUUGUCCAUGCCAUCAGUAUUCUGCCCAGAGGUUACUUGUGGAGCGGCAAGUUGUCAACCCUUCAAUUGGGGGCCAUCGGAAUCCUCUCAGUGGGACUGGGAAUCUACCAGAUCUUGGCCAAGAAAAGACUGAACCUUUAGGUGCUCCUAUUAAUGUGCUCGAAUUUUAUAAGCAGAAUUUUAAAAUAGUCAAUUAUGUUCGCCUAGG